AAUCCAUUGGAUGCAGCGUGUCGCGAGCACGACAUAGCUUAUUCGCAAAGCAAAGAUCUCGCCGAUAGACACGCGGCUGACAAUAUACUCGCAGUGUCUGCGCGGAAACGCAUUACCGCGAGAGACUCGACUCUUGGAGAGAGAGCUGCUGCUGCUGCCGUUUGGGCAGCUAUGAGGACCAAAACAAAAAUGGGUAUGGGUUUGAAAACAAAGACGAGAAAGAAGAAGAAGACGACGAUAAAGAAACGAAUACUUCAAGUGGCAAAACGCGGUGGUAUAUUACCAAUUUUACCGAUGCUGGGCACGCUCGGAUCCUUCAUCGGUGGAGCGGCCACCGUAGCGAAAGCGGUGACACAAGAAACCGGGAUCACCGCAAGCGCACCGAGCAACGACGGGGAGACGACAGCACCAAUACAGCCAGCACACAGAACCGUCGGCCGCCCUGAUCGACCGCCUAUACCCGUGCGCGUGAGGGACGACUUGACGGUAUAUGUACCGUAUUACGCGGCCACGAUAUCCCGGGUGUAUAAGGUCCGUCUCGCCAACCGCCGCUUCACGCUUCGUUUUAGUCGGGAUGGCCAGUGCCACUACAUGCGGGAAUUCCCGGCGUAGUGGCCAAAGUUCGCCACUCACAGAGGGGGGGGGGGUGAUGUAACAAAACGCCCCUCCACCUCGCGCGCACUGCCACUCCGCU